AUGCCACGUCUACUGCAACGCUCGCGGCCCUCUGAGCCAGCACCAGCUACGUCGGUCGGGUCCGACGACGUCUCCCUGCCCGAGUAUGAGCCACCGGCGUUUCCGAUGAACGAUGAAAACAAAGCGAAAUUGGAAAGGCUGGUCGCAGCUCAGCGAAAUGACAGCGAUGCGAGGCAGUACGAAAAACACCUCAACGAAUGUUCAAAGAACCUGAUCAAGGCUGUCGGCAGUAUCAACGAUCUGCUCUUUCAACGGCGAAGGCAACUCGCUCGGCAUGUGGAGAAGCGUCGAUCAGAAGGUGUCGACGACAAGAGCGAGGCUGAAAGAGAGCUCGAAGAAUAUGUCGCUGAGUUGGAGGCAACCAUCAGCACACUGACAGACAAAUCCGAACAAGCCUUGCGGCGUGUAAUAGACUGUCGUGCCGAAUUCGAAGAUACCAAAACAGUUCUUGAGUCCGUGGUAGUGACAGUCAAGGCUCAGCAGCCUCGACCUGAACCGAAACCUAAAAAAGAGAGACGGCAGCAACGGCGCCCUGCCAACGAUGACGACGACGACGACGAGGACGAAGAGGUGGAGGAAGCUGAGGAUGUGCCCCCAGUCGUUGGUGUCAUCGAUGCUCUAAGGACAGCUCGAAAGGUCAAGAUGAUAGAGUACUCCAGAUUAUCUGCUUACGAUAAGUAUGCUGUCCACAACGACUACAUUCCUUUCAAGAGGACGUGGCAUGAUGCCAUGCACCCGGACAACGAGAUCCCGCUGCCGGAUCCCUCCACUUGGUUUGACGAGGAUGGCAACCCAGUCAAGAAUGUCGUCGACAUUCAGGAGGAUGACGAUCUUGUUGUCGAGCGUGAAAUUGUUGACCUCAAGUGCCCCUUGUCAUUGCAGGUCUUCAAAACGCCAUUUAGCAAUCACAAGUGCAAGCACACCUUUGAGAAAGAUGCCAUCAUGUUUUUCAUCCGAUCUUCCGGUGGCAAGGCACAAUGCCCUGUUCCGGGCUGCUCAAAGGACUUGAUAAUCACCGACUUGUAUCCAGACGAAGUCAUGCUUCGGAAAAUGAAGCGAGUGGCAGAGGCUUCGAGACGUAAUGCCGACGCAACCUCAGAUGUUGAAGAGGAGGAGGAAGAAGAUGACGACCCCGAUGCGAGCAUAGUCAUUGGACGCACAAACAACAUUAAGAGGGAGAGGAACAACCGCCGUGUGGAAGACAUCGAAGAGGACUAA